AUGGGUAAUGCUUGUGAGAGCUAUUGCAGUUAUGAGGAGCAAUCUUAGUUGAACUUCUAUUAAAAGGGUGAAUUUAUGACUGAAAAGAGUAAGGUUUAGUAUACUACCAAAAAGUCCAAUAAAUCAAUGGCUUAAAUGAAGUCGAUGAAGAGUCCAGAGGAGAAGAGCACUUAUUUCCUUCGCGGAAUGGGACCAAGUCAUAAUAGCUCACCCGUUAGAUAAAGUGUCAAAGCAGUUAGCAGAGUUGAAUCCCCAGAAAGAUAAGAACUUAAGAUUGAAGAGCCUCCUAUUGUAGUAUCCCCACCAAAAUAAAAAAGGAUUAGGAAGAUAAGAGGAGAUAAAUUUCCAUUUGAGUAUUUGCCUACUUAAGAGAGUGAAUUCAAGUUUGCUGAUGAUUAUAUUUACUCUCAGAAGCUUUAAGUCACUAACAAUUUACAUGCAAGAAAUGCAAACUUCUCACCAAGAAGAGAAAGAACUAUAAAGGAUGAAGAAAAAUUAGCGUUUUAUCUCAAUAACAUUGCCAUUAGUGAAAGAUGCUUGAGACCACCGAGUUUAGCUAACGAGAUCAUAAUGACUCAUAAUGAAAUCAGAAGAGAACCCGAAAAGAGACUCAAAACAAGAGAUGCAGGAAUUUAGAGUGUAGAGAAAGGAUAUAAGUCUGAUGUUUCAACAACUACAGAUAUAACUCCAAUGAAGAGAGAGAUACCAGAACCCCCCCCAGUCAUCUAGGAAAUAGUUAAAAAGCCAAAAAAGAAACCAGUUAAAAAGGCACCUGUUCAAGAAGAGUAUAAUGUACAUGAAGUAAUUAUCGACCCUGAUGAAGAGAUUCUUUUAGAAGGUGAAAUGCUUAAAUUCAAACCAGGCAUUGAGAAAAACUUCAUUACAAGAUGGAUAUAGUUAUCAACUAGAUCUUUCAGAUACUACAAAAAUCACUAUCAUUCUAUUUGUUAUCUAACCAGACCUAUAUCAGCUAUACCUCUAUAUGCUAUCGAAGCAGUUUAGACAUUCGCUAUAGCAAAUUAAGACUAUAAAAGAAGAGAGAAAGAAUCCUACAGUUUUUUAUUUGAAAUUGUCCUGAAGCAAGAUUAUGAAGACAUAUUUUUCUUCAGAGAGUUUGAAGUUACUGGCCUUGGAAAUUCUUAAACUAAUUCUCCGAUAAGGACAUCAGGUAGUCCAGGAAGAAGAUCAGUUCGGGAAGGCAGUGACCCUAGAAAUAGCUUGGGUAGAAGGAGUAGAUCGCCAAAUAGGUACACUAUUUAAAACCAUGGAUCUAAUGGGUAAAUGGUUGUCACUAGUCAGCAUGAAAUAAAUGGACAAAUGGUGCCUACCAGAAUGGUUUAUAUUUCACCAAACAGACAGUCAGAAUCUCCAAGCACCAGUGUAAUGAAAGGAGGUGAUAAUUCUAAAGUUACAAGAAUUAUCUAAGGGCAUUUGAUGCCCGUGAGAGAUUAAAACAAAGGUCUCUAAAAGGAACAUUAUCUUGAAGAUCAGAAAAUUAUUGAUAAAGAGUUCGGUGAACCAUAAGUUAAUGUACACGGAGACAAAUAAAUUUAUACUUGGUCAAACAGGCAGAAGGAAUGGUAUAAUAGUGAGAGAAGAUUCAUUUUCUCAUGUAAGAGUGAUGCUGAGCGUAAGAAAUGGAUGGCAGCUAUUAGAAUGGCUGUGGUAGAGAACAAUGAAAGACUAAGAAGGGAAUUUGAAGAGAAUUAGAAAUUGAGUAACGAUAACUAGUCUCAAGUAAAGUACAUGAUUCAGAGUUAAAAGGUAUCAACAGCGUCUAAAUUCGAUUCUCCAUCUAAAUCUCCUGUUAAGGGCAGAAAUGUUAAUAGCUAAGUUAAAACAGAUAAAAGGGGAAGAAUGGUAGACAAAUGA